AUGAUGGCGACUGAGAACAAGCGGCAUGUUUCCGGCGCAAAGUCGCAGAGCCAGGGCGGUCCGAUGAACAACCACGCCGGUCAGCAUGGACAUGGACAGGAACAUGGCUUCGGGCCCUCGGGGACGGUCAGCUUGGAGAAAGCACUGAGCUCAGCCAUUGGCGCCAGAAUCCGUGUCACAACCACGCAGCCAGCCUCCGUCACCGUCGAGGGGACUCUCUUCACCGCGUGUCCAAUCACAAAUAUCAUCGCAAUCAACACCAGUUCCGCUGCCAACGCGGGCAACUCGCCAAAUUCAGGAGCCAGCAGUGCAGCACCGGUCCUCGCCCUCUCGCAGCCUGGAGACUUUACCAUCCUCCCCAUCACCCGCAUCCACAGCUUCAAUCUGAUCUCGCUCUCGGCGGACGGUUGCUCUCCAUCAGCCUCCCCUUCGCCUGCCCCAUUCGCCUCCGCUCAACCUUCCAUCUACCCGCUUGACAUCCGGGCCCUAAGGAACCGUGAAGCCUCCGCCAUCGCACGCCUGAAGGAACAUGAAUCCUCGAGGGGCAAGGGCGUGUCCAAAGAAGCACAGGACCUGUUUGAUGCAUUCCGAAGGACGAUGCCGACACAUUGGAGCGGCACCAGUAUCGUCGUUGCCGAUUCCGUGGUGAUUGCUGCACCGUACGGGGUGGGUGACUGUAAGACGCUGAACCUGACGGGUAGAGACGAGGUGGCGGGCACUGCACUGACGAGAGUCAGGAAGGUGCUUGAGAUGGAACGAAAGAAGAUCGAACUCCGCCGGGCCAGCACCGCGAUGGCGAACUCGGGAAAUUUCCCCAAGAACAACGCCGAUGCCUCGUCGAGGAAGAAUUCCAUGACCACAACCACGGCCACCGGAGCAAGCACACCUGCCACCACCGGCUCUACCACGGCCACUCCUGCGGCCAACACGGCCAGCACCACUCCACGAGACCCGCGGGCCGCAGUCGCAGUCCCGAUACGCAGCAACGCGCCCUCCAGCAGUUCCCCCAGCGGCGGACAGCGAAAAGGCGGGUGA